CUGUAUUUCAGUUACUAUGAAUUAACGGAAACGCACAAAAAUGCCAUCCGAGCGAUUCGCAAAAUUAAAUACUUUGUUGCACGUCGUAAAUUCCAGCAAGCGCGCAAGCCCUACGAUGUUCGCGAUGUCAUUGAGCAAUAUUCACAGGGUCAUCUGAAUAUGAUGGUUCGGAUCAAGGAGUUACAGAGAAGGCUAGAUCAAACACUUGGCAAACCAGGUCAGUAUCAAACGCACAAUCGAAAAGGUCAUUCGAUGACUAUUGGAUCGAGAUUAUGCCGUGUGGAAAUGCAGGUUGUCCCGUGCUUAUUUUGUUAUUUUGAUUAG